AUGUCCUCGGAUGAGGAGGCAGUUCGGCGCCCCGGCCGCAAUGCUGCUCAAAGCCCUGUCCCAAGCGACGGAGACAAGAGUCCUCUCGGAGCUGGUGAUCAGAUGGACGAGGAUGACGAUGCCGAUCUUUUCGGCUCCGAUGGUGGUGGUUCCGAUGCUGGCCUCGAUAACGACGAUCGAGACCGUCGCAAUUUGGAUGAUGAACAACUAGAUUCUGGUGAUGAUGAAGGCCGUGAUGAUCGCCGUGAUCGCAUGGAUGUGGGUGCUGAUGCGGGCGACUUCGACGAAGCCGAGGUCAAUAUCAUGGACGUGAGCCUGGCGCGGGCGCCGGAGCCCGUAACCAGUGACGGAGAGAUCUACACCAUGCGUGUCCCCGAUUUCCUCUCCAUUGAAGCGGAAGAAUUCAACCCGGAAACCUACGUCGCUCCUCCCUACUCCACCGCUGCCACAUCACUAUGCUGGCGCAAAGACCCCAACGACGAGUCCCAGCUACAAUCCAACGCCCGCUUCGUUCAGUGGGAGGAUGGCUCUAUCACACUCCAACUUGCAUCCGCCCCACUCGAGCAAUACCGCAUCUCCUCCAAACCCCUCGCACCCCUCGACAAAUCUGGCAACUAUGACCCCAAGCUGGACUCUCACGUUUACCUUUCCGCCGCCGUGGAAACGGCAUCGGUCUUCCGACUCACUUCCCAUGUCACACACGGCUUGACCGUUCUCCCGACUGCCAUGGAGACCGACGAUGCGGUCCAGCGACUGCAAGAAUCCCUCGCCGCUGCUACCCGUGGCAAGAAGACGACAGUGGAUGGCUCGGCGCCUGUCAUUGACGUGAAGGAAGAUCCCGAAAUGGCUGCGCGUAAGGCAGAGCUCGCGGAGAAAGAAGCCAUGCGCGCUGAGCGUCGGCGACAACAGCUGGCGGACCGCGAGGCGGAUCGUGGUCGUCGUGCACCUGCUACUCGUACCAUGGGUACUGGUCUUAGUAUCGGUGCUCUUGAGGAUGGAUUGUCGACUCGUCCUCGCGGCAAGCAGCGUCGUCCUAACCGCCGUGGUGAAAUUUAUUCCGACGAGGAAGAUUAUCGCGGUGGAGGACGUACCCAUGAAGAUGAGUAUGACGAGGAUGAUGGGUUCCUGGUUGGUAGCGAUGAAGAUGUUGAGGAUGGUGAAGAUGACGAGGAGGAGGAGGAAAUUCUGGAUGACGACGAGGAUGCUGAGGGUGAAGUUGAUACUGAAGUUGCCCCCUCCAAGUCUGCACGUAGCAAGCCCACGCCUGAGAAGACAGGAACUCCUCCGCAACGGAAGAAGAACCGCUACGUGGUGGACGAUGAUGAUGAGGACGAGUGA